AUGCUGAGUGGUCAAGACCCAUGGCUCUCCUCUCAACCCCCCACUAAACGCUUCGCUAUCAAAUCCGUCUCCCAAUUCCCCCAAUUCCACAUUUCCCGCCAAAUUCGGCGCGACCUGCGCGCCUCCGCCGGCCGGAGCAAGAAGAGGCCCGGCGGAGAAGGAAGCUCCGGCAGAGGCGACGGCCGCAUCGACGCGAACUCCGAGUUCCGCAAGGAGGCGAAGAGAAAUGCUCGCCGGAAAACCAAGAAGCUGGCCGAGUCGAUGUUCUACCAGCUGAAGAACCCUCACCGGAGCCACGCGGACAACUUCACGCAGGAUGAGCUCCAGCAGAUCGGGCUCGGGUAUGACCGGAUGGUCCGGUUCAUGGAGAAAGACGACCCGAAUCUGCUCCGCCCCGACGAUUGGUACAAGUACGGCGAGUUCGGGCCCUACUCCUGGAAAGGCGUCGUCGUCGGCGACCCGGUCCGGGGCCGGUUCACUGACGUGAGGGUGACGAUAAUGAGUGGCGUCAGGGAUGAGGAGGAGUGGGAGAGAAUUGACUCAAUUGAGAAAUUUGAAAUGGGGCAAGAUUUUGGGAAGAGGUUGGGUCAAUUGGAUAGGAAGGUAGGGUUUAGGUACUAUUGGGUGUUUGUGAGGCACCCGAAAUGGCGAGCAUAUGUGGAUGAUGUGGUGAAGGGUUAUGAGAAGCUGAGUGAUGGGGAGAAGUCAAGGUGUUUGGGGUUUUUGCUGGAGAAUCAUCCGGUUAAGUUGUUGCAUCCGUAUACCAAGGAGUGGAAGGCCAAGUUGGAGGAGUGGGGAUUGGGGUGUGAUGCUCCGGAUAGUGAUGAUGCUGACCUCCCUAUCAAUGCUGCUGAGAAGGAGUUUACGGAUUGGGUUGAGGUUGAUGAUGAGGAUGGUAAUGAGGGUGAGGAUAAGGAUGAUAGUGGUGAGGAGAGUGAUGUUGUUAUAGAUAUGAAAGAGGGUGAAGAUGAUGUCUUGGGUGUCAAGGACGAGGAUUUGAGUGAAGAAAAUGAUGAGAAGUACUGGGAGGAUGAGUUUAAGAAGGCGGCGACCAGUGCUGAAGCAAUGGAAACGCUAGCUAAGCGGAGUGUAGAGAUGACUGAUAAGUUUUAUGAGAGACAAAUGGAAAGAAAUGAAGUUGGGAAUUCAGGCGAUGAUGGUGAUGGAACUGCCAUGAGGGGAAGACGACCAAAAAUAAGUGAAGAAGAAUGGAGGCUUGCUGGCUAUGGUCCAUGGAAGAAAAGGAUAAAGAAGAGUAUAAUUCCCCCGCAGCUGUUCUUGCGAGCAGCAGUUAACUUCUAUACGUACAGAAACCUUGUGAAGGAGAUCGUUUUGACGAGGCAUGCGAUUCUGGAUGGUGAUUUUCCUCCCAAGGCCUCAAAUAAUUGA